AUGCCAGACCAGCCUGUUGAUCGAGUCUUUUGCCCAUCCGCGUCUUUUGUCUCUCUCCCGCUCCCCUUCUUUGCGGGCUUCCCUGCCUUCGGACGGAGCGCUUUGGAGGCAUUCGGGGAUUGUAGUCCCUGCAAGCUGCAGCCCAGGGAGGCCGAUUGUGUGGGGCGAGAGUCUACUGGCUAUGUAGUGCGAGCAGGGGACUCCGCGCGUCGAAUCAGAAGCGGCGGCAGCGGCGGCAGCCCCCAGCCGAGUGAGAGUGACUUUGCGCCUGCAGCUCUCCGAGAGUCCCCUCCGAGGCCGUCUGAAAAGCGGACCUCUCCUCGGCGGUUGCAGUUGCGUGUGGCGGCGGCUCGGCGGGUGGCGGGUCCCCCGGCACCCCUCCUGGACGGCGUCGCCUGCGAGGACCAGUUCGACUGCAAGGAGCUGGAGUCGCUCUUCCAGAACUACAAUCUGAAGCUGGAGCAGACGUCGACGCUGAAGGCGCUGGCCGUGCUCAUCGCGCUGACGGCCAGCCUGGCGCUGCUGGAGCUGCUCUCGGGCCCCAGCCUGACCAUUUCCAAGGGCUCCCAUCCGGUACACUGUAUCAUCUUCCUCUCCCUCUUCAUCGUCACCAACGUAAAGUACCUGCAAGUCACACAGCUGCAGCAGAUCGUGAAGCUCACCUUGCUCUUCAGCUUUACCUUCGCCUUCCUCUGCUGCCCUUUCUCGGUGGGCGCCUAUGGCAUGGAGCCGCCCAGCGCCCCCGAGCAGGGCAUGUGGCAGCUCAUGCUGGUCACCUUCGUCUCCUACUCCCUCCUGCCCGUCCGCACUCUCCUGGCCAUCGUCUUCGGUUUGGUGGUGGCGGUCUCCCAUCUCAUCGUCACUGCCACUUCAGUCAGUGCCAAGAGGCAGCCCCUCUGGAGGACGCUUGUGGCCAAUGCUAUCCUUUUUGUCAGUGUAAAUUUGUAUGGGGUCUUUGUGAGGAUAUUGACAGAGAGGGCGCAGAGGAAGGCCUUCCUUCAGGCCAGGAACUGCAUAGAGGACAGGCUGAAGCUGGAGGAUGAAAAUGAAAAACAG